AUGAAAUUCUUUAAAAAGAGCUAUAUUGGAGUAAUCUUUUGUCUACUGGCUACAGUUGACGCCAAUAUUAUUGUAAAGCUAUCAUCGUCGAGUACAAUUGGGUCUUUUUUCCAUCGGUAUCCUCAGAUUAUGCGGCAUGUGGGGCAGGUAUAUUCGUUUGGAGACUUUAUUGGGUUUUCAGGGAACUUCAACUUGAAUGUGAUUCGUGCACUACAACACAAUCCGUUUGUGAAGAGUAUUGUUCCGGAUACUCAAGUGAUGACUACGGAAGAAAUGGAACUGCGGGAUAAGUUUACGUACGAGUAUUUUGGAAUACCAAAAGAAUUGGUGGACGUUUAUGUUGUGGACACUGGUGUGCGUAAAGACCACCCACAACUUGAGGGCCGGGUUACUUUUCAAAAGGACUUUACAGGUGAAGGCAUUGGUGAUACCAAUGGACACGGAACUCAUGUUGCUGGACUGGUGGGCUCACACAGAUACGGUGUGUUUAAACAAGCCCGGUUCAUUGACCUUAAGGUAUUACAGGGGACCGGCGUGGGAAACUUGUCAACAGUUAUUGCAGGGAUAGACUAUGCAGUGAACCACCGGAUGGGGACCCGGCACAAAGCGGUUGCCAACUUGAGUGUAGGAGCCACUUAUAAUGUGGUUUUGAAUGACGCUGUGAAUGCAGCCGUUGAAUCUGGGCUGCUUGUUGUUGUGGCUGCUGGGAACGCCAAUAGUGCAGCGUGCAACUAUUCACCAGCAAGUGCGAGCCGGGUAGUGACAGUAGGAGCUGUUGAUGAUCGGUACGAUGCGGUGGCGUCAUUUAGUAAUUGGGGCCGGUGCGUUGACAUUUUUGCAAGCGGGGUGUAUGUGGUGAGUUUGUCGCCGCACCAAGAAUCUCCCACCAUGGCACUUUCAGGGACUUCCAUGUCUGCACCGAUAGUUGCUGGGAUUAUGGCUCAGUUUAUGGCUCAAGGAGAUGGACCGGAGGAAGCAAUUGAGAGACUGUUGAGUCGGGGGACGCAUGGAGCUAUUCCUCGGUCGUCCUUGUUUUUGAGACCAAGAACCAUUAACUUGUUGGCGUAUAAUAGAGAACCUGAUGAAGAAGUUGGGGGAGGAGCUGGAGAAGAUGAAGAGGGAGAGGAUGAUGGAGAUGAUGAAGAUUAUGAAUGA